GUGGCGAUGGGGGUGAUCAUGGGGUCGCUGUUCCGCAGCGUGGGGAGGGACAUGGCGGGGCUGCAGAGCCACUUUGCUGUGCUCGGCUUCACCAUCGCCCUCGUCUUCUACAACUCCCUCGACGCCCUCCCGCUCUUCUACCUCGAGCGAACCAUCUUCACGCGAGAGACGUCACGAGGCGCGUACCGCACGGCGCCCUACGUGGCGGCCACCACGCUCACCACGCUGCCGCUCUUCCUCCUCCUCUCCCUCGCCCUCGCCGCGCCACUCUACUGGAUGGUGGGCCUCGCGCCCUCCGCCUCCGCCUUCACCGUCUUCAUCGCCACGCUCUGCCUGGCCUUUGCGCUCGCCAACGCGUUUGUGACGCUGCUGUCGGCGCUGCUGCCGUCGCACAUGGUGGCGGCCACGGUCGCCAGCAGCGCCUUCUCCUUCUUCCUCCUCUUCAGCGGCUUCUUCUUCUCCAA